AUGGUCUUGAAGUGGGAACUUGCAGCGGCAUGGCGCUCAUGGCUCCGGCCGGGUGAAGCUCCCAGCGCGCAGGGCAAGCUGGCCUCAUUCGCAAGCAACCGGCUCAUUCAACGUCAACACGAACUCCAACGCUGCUAUCAUUGAAUUGAUGUAGCCAAACCUGCCAAGGUACGCAUGUGCAAUUCCCAUACAGUAAUUGACUCGAUUGAAGUGUUCUGACUCUGCCUCAGCUAAAUCAUCGUCACUUUCUACGUCGCCUUCUUUACAACAACCUCCCAACACCGCACUUUCCACAAACCACAUCCACGAUGAUUUCCGACGAUGAUCUCUACAGACUUGCCAUCGUUCUCGGCUCCAUCGCCAUGAUGCUGAUUGUUCUAUACCACUUUCUGGAGGUCAAUUCGGACGAGGGUGCUACUGAGAAGGCGCGUGUGGCUCGGAAAGACACCAAGUCAGGUUCGAUAGCGCGGUGAUGGCGGAAGUAGGAACUACCGAUUGCGUGGAGGCGAGGAAGAAGGAAGGAAGGGACGGAGGAGAGGAAUCGGAGAAAAGAGCUACACCUUUCCACUAAAAUGGACUCGGGGAAGCAUAACUGGCGUUCCGGUGCGACUUUGGAGGGAUUGAAGGGAUUUAUAAGACUACUUUCAUGGGAGGUUGUGUAAAAUACAGCGGGUCUGCUCAAGGAAUUCGUGGUUCAGACUUCGUAUUGCUUUGGAGUGAUACUCAGAACUCACAAACAAUGAUGGAGUGACUAGGCUGUCGUUCAUGAUUGAUACGGACACAUGCCUGCGAGUAGAACAAAGAGUGAAUCAGCUUGUCCUUACUAAGUGCACACCCUUUUUAUUUAUUUAAAGAACUAUUGAGUCAAGUACC